AUCAUAAAUCGGUUAACCAUUCGUUUCACACGAACUCUAGUCGUUCUCAAAGAAAAGUUGUUUUAUUUAACAAACAAUCGAAAGAAUCAGUUUCUGUGGACAACAGAUCUCAUAAUCAAACACUAAAUUCUAAUGCGAGUAAAGAUUUUGCUCAAAUAUUUCACGAAUCAGUUCUGUUGGAGACAACAAAACAACAGCAAAAAUAUAUGGGAUCUAAGAAUGAAGUGAACGAUACCAUCAAAGAUAACACUCAUUUCGUAGACAUUGCCUCCACUUCUGACUACAAGUGGCCGGGAAUUGAAGCCGUUAUGGAAGCGUAUGACACAUAUUCUUGUGAACGAAAACAAGAAAAAGACUUUCUCUUUGAGAGAAGUAAUGAACUGAAGAAUAAAUUGCAAGACAUUAACAAUAAGGCCGAACAUUUAGGACAACAAAUGGCUAAUUUAUUGCAAACGAAAUCUAAUUUGGAUGAAGAAAGACAACGAUAUGAAAGCACUUUAGAGACACUGAAGACAUGCAUUAGACAACUUCGGUGACAACACCAUUGAU